AUGACAACCCCCAGCGAGCUGAAGUCUCCCUGCGUGACUCGCAACGGUAUGGUGAAGUUGCCCCCCAGCCAGCCUAACGGUCUAGGCAGCGCAAGUAUCACCAAGGGGACACCAGCUGCCAAGAACCGUCUGUGCCAGUCCUCCUCAGUACCCUCCAUCCUGCCUCCUCCACCGACCACCCUUCCCUAUCACCACCACCAUCACCUGGACGCCUCUGGCUUGCCCAACUCAGCAGCCUCUCUUUUGGCCUCUGACAUGGAGCCUGGAAAUCUUCUUGUGGGCUUGAAAUCGUCCCUUCGUCAGCUUCCCCCCCUCAGUCUCCCCAAGCCCAUCCUGUUGGAACGUCAGCUUGUUCUAGAUGAGAAACUGCUCAACAGGUUGCUAUGGUACUUCACUCCAUCUGAAAAAUGUGUGCUGGCGCAGGUAUGCAAGACAUGGCGCAAAGUGCUGUACCAGCCCAAGUUCUGGGAGGGAGUGACACCUAUCUUGCAUGCCAAGGAGCUAUAUAACCUUCUGCCCAAUGGGGAGAAGGAGUUUGUCAGUCUGCAGGCCUUUGCUUUGCGUGGAUUCCAGUCCUUCUGCCUAGUGGGUGUGUCUGACCUGGACAUUUGUGAGUUCAUCGACAACUACCCACUGUCCAAGAAAGGUGUUCGUUCAGUCAGUCUCAAGAGGUCUACCAUCACAGAUGCUGGUUUGGAGGUCAUGUUGGAGCAAAUGCAGGGCCUGAUGCACCUUGAGCUGUCAGGCUGCAACGACUUCACAGAGGCGGGCCUGUGGUCCAGUCUGAAUGCCCGGCUAACUUCCCUCAGUGUCAGUGACUGCAUCAACGUUGCGGAUGACGCCAUUGCUGCUAUCUCACAACUCCUGCCUAACCUAUCAGAGUUGAGUCUGCAGGCCUACCACGUCACAGAUACGGCCAUGGCCUACUUCACAGCCAAACAGGGCUACACCACACACACUCUGCGGCUCCACUCCUGUUGGGAAAUCACCAAUCACGGCGUGGUCAACAUGGUGCACAGCCUUCCUAACCUGACUGCCCUCAGCCUCUCUGGCUGCUCCAAGAUCACGGACGACGGUGUGGAGCUGGUUGCUGAGAAUCUGCGUAAGCUGCGCAGUCUUGACUUGUCCUGGUGCCCUCGGAUCACAGACAUGGCCCUGGAGUACAUUGCCUGUGACCUUCAUAAACUGGAAGAACUGGUGUUGGACAGGUAUGAGUUUGAGCUCCAACAGUGA